AUGACGUAUCCUCACGUGAUGUUGCAGCUCCGUCGCCUGGCGUGGGCCUGGGCCUCCUGCAGACCGGCUGCUCUGUGGCGCAGAGGGCGGGGUCUUCUGCACACAGCCUCGGCUGCCUGCCCUGACAGCGGUGGCCCAGUGUUCACCCAAGCCCUGGCCUUUGGGGACAGGACGGCCGUCGUCGACUGGCAUGGCCGCCACACUUACCAGGACCUGUACCAGCGGAGCCUGUGGCUGUCCCGGGAGAUCUGCAGACUCCGGGCGUGCACCAGUGGCGACCUGGGUGAGGAGCGCGUCUCCUUCCUGUGUUCCAAUGACGCGUCCUACGUCGUGGCGCAGUGGGCCUCCUGGAUGAGCGGCGGCAUCGCAGUCCCCCUGCAUAGCAAGCACCCCGCAGCCCAGUUGGAGUACUUUAUCCAGGACUCCCGUAGCUGCGUGGUCGUGGCCGGCUCCGAGCACCUGGCGCUCCUGGGCCCCGUGGCCAGCAGGCUGGGUGUCCCGCUGUUGCCGCUUCCCCCAGACGUCUGCACUGGGGCAGCAGAGGGCCUGCUGCGAGGAGAGGUGCCUGCUCCCGACUGGAAGGCGUGGCCCUGGAAGGAGCGGGGGGCCAUGCUUAUGUACACGAGUGGCACCACGGACCGGCCCAAGGGUGUCCUGAGCACUCACCGCAACGUCAGCGCCAUGGUGACGGGGCUGGUGGACAAGUGGGCGUGGACAUCCGAUGACGUCAUCCUUCAUGUGCUCCCGCUGCACCAUGUCCACGGAGUGGUCAACACACUGCUCUGCCCACUCUGGGUGGGUGCGGUCUGCGUCAUGCUGCCUGAAUUCAGCGCCCAGCAGGUUUGGGAAAAGUUCCUGAGUUCUGAAACUCCCCGGGUCAGCGUGUUCAUGGCAGUGCCCACAAUCUACUCCAAGCUGAUAGACUACUACGACAGACAUUUCACUCAGCCUCACGUCCAGGAGUAUGUGCGAGCAGUGUGCCGGGAGAGAGUCAGGCUGAUGGUCUCGGGCUCAGCCGCACUGCCCGUGCCGGUGCUGGAAAGGUGGAGGGACAUCACGGGUCACACCCUGCUGGAGAGGUACGGCAUGACAGAGAUCGGCAUGGCCCUGUCCAACCCCCUGACCGCGGCUCGCCUGCCAGGUUCUGUGGGGACCCCGCUGCCAGGAGUGGAGGUGCGCAUUGUCUCUGAGAGCCCGCAGAGGGGAGUCUGCUCCUAUACCGUGCACGCAGAGGGAAAUGAGAGGGAGACCAAGGUGACCCCAGGCUUUGAGGAGAAGGAAGGGGAGCUCCUGGUCAGGGGACCCUCUGUGUUUCGGGAGUACUGGGACCAGCCAGAAGCAACGAAAAAUGCCUUCACUCCGGACGGCUGGUUUAAAACAGGUGACACAGUCGUGUUCAAGGAUGGCAGAUACUGGAUCCGAGGGCGGACGUCAGUGGACAUCAUCAAGAGUGGCGGCUACAAGCUCAGUGCCCUGGAGAUCGAGCGCCACCUGCUGGCCCACCCCAGCAUCACUGAUGUGGCUGUGAUUGGGGUUCCUGAUGUGACGUGGGGGCAGCGGGUCACUGCUGUGGUGACCCUCCGUGGCGGACACUCACUGUCGAAGCAGGAACUCCGAGAGUGGGCACGGGGAGUGCUGGCCCCGUACGCCGUGCCCUCAGAGCUGCUGCUGGUGGAGGAAAUCCCGCGGAACCCAAUGGGGAAGGUCAACAAGAAAGAGCUUCUCCACCAGCUGUGCACGCCGGCCCCAGGGCCGCCCGCCAUGCAGACGUCGGGCCAGGCAGUGUGCACCCCGUGCGUGGGCGGCACCCUCCUGGACACCAUGCCCAGCACCAACGCCCAGUCCCCAGAGCCAGAGGACAUAGUGGGCCACGCCAUCCUGACGCAACGCCCAGUCCCCGGAGCCAGAGGACAUGCCAUGGUGGUUGGCAGUGAGGGCCCUACCCUGUGCAUCACACCCAGCCGCAGUGUGCAAUGCGGGAUGGUUGGCAGCGAGGUCACUGCCCCAUGCAUCACGCCCAGCUGUGGCGUGCAGUGCGGGAUGGUUGGCAGCGAGGGUGCUGCCCCAUGUAUCACGCCCAGCUGUGGCGUGCAGUGCGGGAUGGUUGGCAGACCUCCCACUUUGCACCUGGGGAAACAGGUUCGUGGGGUGAGCCGUGUCCAGGGUGACAGCGAGGAGUCAGGAGGGCUGGAGUGGGAGCCAGCUGUUGGGUUCCAGGCCCUUGACCUUCACCCCGGGGUCAGCGUGGGUGUGCAGGGCUCCUCCACAGAGAACUCGGGGGGAAGAGGACUUUGA